AUGACGCAAAUUACUAUUUCCGCAAAUAAUGGUAAGAAUGAAAACCAUUACAAUAAUAAUAACAAUAAUAAUAAUAGUAAUAAUAAUGAAUGUAAAUAUAAUAACAAAAAAAGGGUAGUAGAUGGAUGUUUAGAAGAAUCUAUUGAAAACGAAUAUAAUAGAAAUAUAAAAAAAACAUAUCCAAGUAAAAAUCACGCAGAUGAAAAUACCCUACCUGACUUUCUUAUAAAAUAUUAUGAAUGGGAAGAAUUACCAUCAUUUUAUAAUUUACCAUAUGGUUUAAUUAAUAAAAAAAAUGAACAUUUUUUUAAGGACAAAAAGGAAUGUUUUAAUGAAUGCAUAAAAGAAAAAAACACUAAUCUUAUUAAUAUUAAAAAUAAUGAUAAAAAGGACCAUACUCAAAAUAAAAACUGUGAUAAUUUUAAUUUAAAUAAAGGAGAAAAUGAUAUAGGUGUAGAAGAAAAAGAAAAAGAAAAAGAAAAAGAAAAAGAAGAUGUGUGUAUAAAAAAUAAUUAUGAUGAAUUUGCACUUUCACUUAUUUAUGAUGAUAUUAUAACGUAUUUUUUUAAAGUUCAGGACCAAGAUACGAAAGUAAAAGGUACAUCAAAUAAUCUGCAAAGGAAAAAUAAUAAUGAUCAAAAUUAUUAUAAUAUAAAAAAGGUGGAAGGAAAUAUAGCUAAAUUGAACUGCACUGUUCAACAGAAAAUUUUAAAAACAAAUAUUAAAAAAGAGGAUACCAUAACAAAAAAAGAGCAUCAAAAUGGUGAUUGGUGUGAGAAUGCGAAAAAUUGUAAUUAUUGCGAAAAGGGAAAAAGUUGUGUUAAUGAGAAUAAAUGUUCAGGUAAAAAUGAAUGUACAGCUAAAAAUGAAUGUUCAGGUAAAAAUGAAUGUUCAGGUGAAAAUAAUUGUACAGCUAAAAAUGAAUGUUCAGGUAAAAAUGAAUGUUCAGGUGAAAAUAAUUGUACAGCUAAAAAUCAAUGUAUAGCUAAAAAUGAAUGUUCAGGUGAAGAAGGUCCUAGCGAAAUAAAUUGGAUGAACGAUUUUAUUUGUUUAACAAACAUUCAGAUUUUAUCAAAAAAUUGUAAUAAAUUUAAGGAAUGGAAUAAUUUGGAGAUUAUCAUUCCUCAUAUAAUAAAUUACUGUUGUAGUGUUCGUUCCUGUAUAUGUAAGAACAGUUUUUUAACUAUAACAUACAUAUGUAAGAGUUUAAAGGAAGAGAAGGCUAUUUUAUGUAAAUUUUUUGUUUAUAUAUUUCCACAUAUUAUAAAAAAAUUGGAUAUAAAAAAUAAUUUUUUAAAUAAAUGUGUAACUAAUGCAAUUGAAGAAUUUAUGUUACAUAGUAAUAACAUAAACAACUAUGAGAUGUUAAGAUUAAUAUGUUCCUAUUCGAAUGAUAAGAAUUCUUCUAUAUCCAAAAAAUUGUCUUAUUUUGUUUAUUUGUUUUUAAAAAACUUACCACAAAAAGAAUUAAUAAAAUUCCGUAUAAGAGAUUUUGCAUCACCUUUCUUAGAUUUUAUAAAUGCAAAAUUAGAGGAUACUAAAAAAUAUAUAAAACAAGCAUUACAAAUAUUGUUAGAAUAUCAUGAUGAGGAUAAUAUUAUAGAUAAUUUCAAAAUAGGCCUUGAAAAAAAUAACCAAAAAAAUCAAGUACACAAUUUCUUUCUUAUCAGUAAACAAAUAAGAAAUAUUUUAAGAAAAGAUGAUAAUACAGACACUUUAAAUAAAAAAUAUGCAACGUUUCAUGAUUUCAAAAAUACGAAAUUUGUGAAAAGUGUUAAAAAACCAUCUUCAUUCAAGUUUUAA